AUGUGGGGUACUAUUAAUGAGAAAACUCGAAUUGAUUUAAAGAAAGCUAGUCAGAUUGGUGCAUCGGAUGAAGCAUGCAAACGACAGAUUCGGGACGAUGUACAAGAAGACAAAGAAACACUCGAUCCACAUCAUACUCAUUCCAUUCUAUUUGAUAGUGGAAAUCUCAAUGAAUAUCUAAGUGAUUCUCAACGAAGUAGCUUUGUCCAGUACGUCUGUGACGAUAAAAAUAGUCAUGCAUGUUAUGCUGUGACGAUCGUUGUUGAGGGUGGACUUAAAACACCCCAAGUAGUGCAAUUCGAUAUUGAUAACGGUCGGCCAGUUGUUAUUAUUCAUGGUAGUGGACUAGGUUUGCCCGCUCCAUUUUGCAUUGAAUAUCAGCAAAAACAAGAUCGAAUUAUGCCGGAAGCGAAUAUUGAAUUCAAAUUAUCGAAAAAAGGCAUCAAUUACUAUAUAGAGAAAGAGCUACCAAAGAAACGUUUCACGAGUGUAGGCUUGAUUGAUCGAUGGAUCUAUUUUCAUACGAGUCCAAUGGUUAAAAUGGGCUAUCAUUUUUUUUUCUACAUUUGGAUCAUUUUAGCUCUUGAUCUUGAGAUUUGGUAUUUACAAUCGUUGAAAUUCAUCAUCGCAAUAAAAUCUCUCGGUCCUAAGAUUUUCAUGCUAAAAAAUAUGUUGCAAGAUCUCUUCGCCUUUUUAUACAUUAUAUUCGUGGCAAUUGCUGCCUACGGAGUAGUAUCGCGAUCGCUCUUCAUGUAUAAUGAAGUUUCUUUCGAUGGAAAAGGCAUUUUUGGAGAUAUUUUCUAUCCAACCUAUUGGUUCAUGUAUGAUUUAAUCACCAGUGGUAGCAGUACAGUUGUUGCUGGGGCUACAGCUACUCAUGUUCUUCUUGCUUUUCAUAUGUUAUUUAUCAAUAUUCUUCUCCUGAAUUUGCUGAUUGCCGUUUUUAGCGAUACAAUUGGAAUUGAAAAUGAUCAUCGAAAAAAGGAUGACGCUCGAAACGCUUCGUCUGUUUUCAAAAUGAUUGCCGAAAAUGGCAGCAUGCUCGAUGAACACUGGGACAUGUUUGAAAAUGCAGCUACAUACAGUUAUGCAAGAUCUAGUAUUGAAGAAAAGAAUAAAUCUAAUGGUGAGAUCGAUUCUUUUGGCAAAAAAACUAGUCUAAGUAAAGAAUCUGCAAAGAUAAUGAAGGAAAAUAUGGAAUCGAUUGGAACUGAAAGACAGCCAGAAACAAAUACCGAUUUAAAGGAAGAGAUCAAGUUCAUGCGAUCGACAAUGAUCGAAAUGCAAAUUCAGCUAAACCAGAAAAAUGUCUUCGUCGAAAAUCUUCGUACCAAUAUGGAUCUUCAAUCGAAACAAGUUAAUGCAUCUCUCAGUUGGAUCAUGGAUGCUAUAGAAAGAGUCAAGAUGCAUGGUGACAGAAAUCCACGGCCAGAUAAGAAUGCUACAAAUUAA